AUGCAAAAUUGGUUAGAAUUCCAAGCGGUUGUCAUGGCCGCUGGCAAAGGGUCCCGGAUACCCGAGAUGACGGCUACGAAACCAAAGUGUCUGUUGCCGGUCGGAAAUAAGCCGAUGAUAUACUAUCCGCUUAAGCUUCUAGAGAACGCCGGGUUCAGAGAUACAAAAAUAAUAGUAGCAGAUAACUAUGCUAAUUGGGGUACAGCUGAUUCUCUCCGACAUAUCUCUGAUUAUAUCCUAACCGAUGUCAUCAUUCUUAGUUGUGAUUUAAUAACUGAUGUUGAUUUACACCAAGUCUUAAAUAUCUACAGAAAUAAUAAUGCGUCCUUAGUAUCUUUGUAUUUUUCACCAUCGCAGGAUGAACAAUGUGUUUUUACUGUACCUGGCCUUAAAUCAAAGAAUAAGUUUGAAAAAGAUAUUAUUGGAUACGAUUCAAAAACGUCUAGACUAUUAUUAAUGGCUUCAGCUUCAGAUUAUGAAGAAACUAUGCCAAUCAGUAGUUCAUUGCUAAAUAAGUGUUCAAAUUUGAAACUUUGCUCAAAAUUAUUAGAUUCCCAUAUGUAUAUUAUGAAACGUUGGCUAGUUAACUAUCUUGUAAAAGAUGUUAAUAUUUCAACCCUUAAAGGAGAGCUACUUCCAUUUGUAGUGAAAAAACAACUAUCAAAACAUUGUAAAAACAUUGAACCAAAUGAAAAGUGUAUUGAAGAUGAAGAAGAUGAAAAACCUGAUAUAUUUAACAUAUCAAAAGAAUCUGAUAUUGAAACUAAAAUUCGUUCAAUGUCUUGUUUUGGUAAUACAACUAACUUUGAAGAGAUGAUUAAAUGUUAUGCUUGUGUGAUUGAUUCAAAUAUUGGAAUACGCGCGAACACUUUGUAUGAUUAUUGUAGAGUCAAUAAAAUUAUUCACCAGUUAAACAUUCCUUUAGGGGAAGAAAAAGAUAAAGUUUCACCUGAAGCUGAAAUUUUAUCAAAUCAAUUUGACAAGGAGACUUGUUUGUUGGCCUAA